GCCUGGAGAAGUUCACCCCUGGAUACCACAGAUCCCUGCAGCCUUCCCUACACUCAGUUGGUUCAACGUUUCAGUGAGACUUUGGGGGACACAGGGGGGGAUGACAGCUCAUUGGUGUAGAAGUAGGAACUACAAAUGACCUGCGGUGGGAGUGUUACAAAAGCUACUGCAUUUCUCUGCAGUGGGAAAGCACCUAAUGAUGUUUGAGUCCUGUGCAGCCAUAGAGGGAGCACAGCAGAGGACUCAGCACUCAGCCCUGUGCAGUCCCUGUGUUAAGGGCGAGGGAUGGCCACCCACUUGGACCACCUGGGGUCUGCCUGUCGAGAAGUUCAAAACCCAGCUGCACUGUGAAGUCUUUUUUAAUGGUGGGCUUUAUCACCCACUUCUUCUUCUUUUGGUUGCUCCCGUUAGGGGUUGCCACAGUGGAUCAUCUGUCCACAUAUGGUUUUGUCAAAAUUUGACACCGGAAGCCCGUCUUGACGUAACUCUCCACUAUUAGAAGCUUAUUGCCCAGGGUAAUGUCUACAGCACCCCAUGCUAGAGAGACAAGACAAGACCCCCGGUGUGAAAGCAGGACAGCCUGACGUGAUUUGCAGGGGGGCGUGAAGAGCACAUCACAACUUCCUCGCCUGCAGUUGCAUGACUCUCGCCUGGCAGACACGACACGGUGGCUCGAUGUGCACCAGAUCUGGUGGUCUGAGAAUGUGGACUCUUUUUCUCCAGCUGCUUGCCCUCAUCUUGAUCACACAAGCUCAUGCAGGCUCUUCCAGUGCCAGGAUUAUCAAUGGGAAGGAAGUGAAGCCCCACUCGAGACCCUACAUGGCCUCCCUGCAGGUUAAUGGACAGCACCACUGUGGAGGAUUCCUGGUGGACAAGUACUUUGUGAUGACGGCGGCACACUGCAGAGACAGAGACGAGCCCCUCACUGUCGUGCUGGGGGCUCACAGCCUGAAGGAAAGCAGGAAGCUGUCGCCUUUCUUUGUCGAGUGCUACCACAUCCACCCAAAAUACAGCAAGACGACAAAAUCCAACGACAUCAUGCUGCUGAAGCUGAUGAAGCCAGCCUUGCCCCUCCCACAUGUCGAGCCAAUCAAACUGCCCAAAGCCAACCGUGUAGUGAAGCCCGAGAGCGAGUGUGAAGUCUGUGGCUGGGGAGUCACCUCGGGCAACCAUAAGCAGUCCGACAAGCUACAAGCGGCCAAUGUGACUGUGAUGGACGAAAAGUACUGCAGAAAGGACUGGCCAGUCCAGGCGCCCACCUCUCUCUGCACCAGAGGCAGGAAAGGAGAUGGUGGCUUCUGUGAGGGUGACUCCGGUGGGCCCCUAGUGUGUGGCCAGGAAGCAGUGGGGAUCGUGUCUUUACGGGGUGGCCCAGCCUGUGACAAGCCCACCGUCUCAAACCUGUACGUCAAGAUCGUCACAUAUCUGAAGUGGAUCAAGGAGGUCAUGAAAAGAAGUAAGACCACUGCAGAGUAAGAAGCGCCAGGGUGGGCAACUCCUCACUGCUCUAAAGGCUUUGGGGGAACAGAUGGCGGAGGGUGGGACUGAAAGCUAAUAAAACAAAGUGAUGAAAAGCAGACCCCCUUAGUGUCUUUGUUGUCCUGCUGUGGUGUUUGGGUGGAUGCUGUGGAGUCCUGGCCUGUGACUGAAAGUCACUUCUGGCUUAUCGAGGGACAUUUCAGACAAAAUCAACUAAAAAUAUGCAAAUCAAUAAAUAAAUGUAUUCUAAAAAGUGACAAAUAAAACA